AACAACAACAAAAGAAGGCGCAGUCGGGAGACCGAGGAGGAAACGGACUGAAAGAAAAACGCUCAAAGACACUGUGACUCCCGACGAACAGUCCAUAAUCCUUUUUUGUAUUUUAUUUUCUUCCGCGAAGAAACAUCAGGUUUUUCUAUUUUUCGAAAAGCAAACGUAUCUACCUCCGUUUUAAGGAUUUUCUAAUCACGAUUCGAAGCCGUUUACAUCUCUCCUCGUUCUGCCGCAGGUUCUUUCUUUCGUAAUUUUUGCACUUGCUGAAUCCCGACGUUGAGCGAUGUCCGGCCCGUGUCUGCUGGCCCUCAGAUGAUCCAUGACCACACCUUAUUGAUGCACUUUAGCACCUUUCCGGAGCCUUUCCGCCCGCCGUGCACCCUGCAGCUGAUGACCAAAACGCCCGGCCCUCCCCCCCACCGCCGCCCUGAGCUCCGUGCCUCCCUCGGCCCCCUCCCCAGCCUGCCGCCCCAGCGGGAUGUUCCACAGGUUCACCAGCACUCUGUUCGGGGACGACGUGGAGGAGCUGAGUCUACGCAACAGACCUGAAGAUGGCAAGGAGGAAGAGGAGGAUGAGGACUGGAUACUGGUCAACUACCUGACUGAGGGUUGCUCCGGUCACUGUGGCGAGGGCCUCUCUGGCUCCACGGUCGGUCCGGAAGAUCUGGAGGAGGACGUGGUGAUGAUCCCUUCCCCGAUGGGCAGCCCCUCCAUCCGCUACGCCUCCUGCACCUCCCUGGACUCCACGGCCGACACCGAUCCAGACGGCGGCGCGGAGGAGGACGUGGACGACGACGACGACGUGGAGGAGGAGGAGGAGGAGGGCGGCUUUCUGCACCUGGACGCCCGCUCCCUGGAGGAGAGCUGGUUCGUCACCCCCCCGCCCUGCUUCACCGGCUGCAGCGGGAAGCCCGUUCUCCUGGAGGCCAGCCCCCUGGAGAACCUGCUGAUCGAGCACCCCAGCAUGUCCGUCUACGCCCACCACAGCCCUCCGCGACUGACCCUUGACCCCUUGCCGCGACGCUCACUCGACCAGGAACUGGACUUUCUGUCCGGUAAUAUGUCCGCAGACCCGAAGGCCGUCGGUGGAGAGGAGAAGACUCGAUGCACGCUUGAUGGAGCUCGACGCAGGACAGAGAUGGCAGUCGUGCAGCGCCGCUCCAACCUGCACUCCCCCUGCUACGCCGCCGCGCUCGCCGCCCACAACGGCCUUCUGCAGCAGCGGCCGGGGACCGGCGCCCAGCGCGCCCAGCCGCUGUCCCGCAAGGCCCUGCGGCGCCUCAACCUGCUGCGGCCCCCCAAAGCCGGCACCAUGCACCUGCACCAGCCCAGCCAGAGGCACCUCAACUUCUGA